AUGCCGCUCUGUCUCACCUUCAUCGACUUGAAGAAGGCCUUCGACUCAGUUGAGACGGAAGCGGUCGUGGAAGCCUUGGACAACCAAGACGUCCCUAUUCAGUACAUAAAGAUACUUCGAGAGCUGUACAGUAACUUCACGACCGGAAUUUCGCCAUCCUACAAGAACAUCAUCAUUGACGUGAAGAGGGGGGUCCGACAGGGUGAUACAACCUCACCCAAAAUAUUCACAGCCACCCUCGAGAACGCAAUGCGAAAGUUGGAAUGGGACGACAUGGGAGUGAAGAUUAACGGUUGGCAGCUACACCAUUUGCGCUUUGCUGAUGACAUCGUACUGAUAGCACCUAGCAUCAGCCAAGCGGAACGAAUGCUGACACCGAAUUCGACGAAACAUGUGGAUGCAUAG